CCGCGGCCCGGCAGCCCCUGCGGACGGCGGAUGGCGGAGCUGUCGCUGGGGCGGCACUGCGGGGUGCCGGGAUGCCGCCGGCUCGAUUUUCUCCCCUUUGUAUGUGAUGGCUGUUCAGGUGUCUUUUGCCUUCAGCACAGGAGCCGGGAUGCUCAUGGGUGUUCUGAGGUGAAUAUAAGAAGCAGUUCUGAGAAACCAGAUCAGCACAGAUCUUACCCAUGCUCAUACAAGAACUGCAAUGGAAAGGAGCUUUUCCCAGUUUUAUGUCCUUAUUGUGAAAAACAUUUUUGUCUCAGACACCGGCAUCAAUCAGACCAUGAGUGUGAGAAACUGGACACACCAAAACCUCAAAUGGCUGCCACCCAGCAGCUAGUGAAACAUCUUAUAGAUUCUAAAAAAAGUGAGGAAGCAAAAAGCAAAAAACGUAAAGGAGCAAAAAACAGUGAGACAGCAGCAAAAGUGGCAUUAAUGAAACUGAAAAUGCACGCGUGUGGGGACAAGUCCUUGCCUCAGACAGAAAGAAUUUACUUUCAAGUAUUUCUACCAAAGGGGAACAAAGAGAAAAGCAAGCCCAUGUUCUUUUGCAGUAAGUGGAGUAUUGGGAAAGUAGUAGAUGUUGCAGCUUCCUUAGCAAGCCUUAAAAAUGACAACAACAAAUCAACAGCCCAGAAAUUGAGAUUAUGCCAUACUGCCUCUGGAGAAGCCUUGCCAUUUGAGCACAUAUUGGAAACAUGGCUAUCUGAUAAAGACUAUCCAUUGUACAAUGGUGGAAACAUAAUUUUAGAGUAUCUUGAUAAUGAUGUUCUGUUUAUAGAAGAUACAGAGUCGUACUUUAGUUAAUCAGCAAAUUAUCACAAAAAAAAAUAAAUAUCUUUUAGAAAUGUGGUAUUCAAACCAAGUCCAGUUUUCUUUUAAAAUUACUGGUAUGCCAGAAUCUGUCCUCAGUUAUAAAGACACAGUUCCCAUCAAUUUCUCCGUUGCUUGACUGACAGAAGAUCUAUGUCUUGAAAGGAAAAUAAGUUAUUAUAAUAAUAAAUAUUUCAAUAUUUUUUCUUAAAUUUUAUAUUUAUUUUUGUGUAAAUGAUGGAAAAAUUGUGUCUUGAAAUUAAUAAAUAAUGAAAAUGUAAA